AUGGGAAAGAAGAAUAACAAGAAGGAUAAGAAGCACGCUGCGGCGGCGAAUGGCAGUUCGGCGCAUCAGGUUGCGGUGAGCGUGGAAGGGAGCGGGGCGCAGUCUCCCGUCGAAGAGGUGGAGCAGGACCAGGUGCGGGUCAAUGAGGAAGCGGUUGUGCAGUCCGUUGCAGAAUCAGUACCGGGAGAAAUAGCCAACUCUGAUCUACCAACAUCAGACUCACCAGUCCUCGUCGAACCACCAAAAUCCGAAACAGACACUGUGGUAUCUAUACCAUCAUUCAACUCCGAAAAGACAGAAACGGUCCCCAAAACUACCUAUGAUACCCUCCUCGCCGAGAACGCGGCUCUGAAACAAACCCUCGAAACCCUCGGCGAAACUACAAUAAGUCUCUCCUCCUAUUCGGCCCUCCAAGACGAAAUCGAGAAACUUUCCGCGGAAAAGUACCGGGCGGAGACGGACGCAACGAUUGCGCGGGUUGAGAAGAUGGGUGCUGUGGAGGAUUAUGAGGGGAUGGAGGAGGAGAGAGAUAGCUUACGAGAAGAGCUAGAGAAGGUUAGGGCAGAGGUUGAAAGUGUGAGGAGGGAAAUGGUGGAGAAGGCGAAAGAGAGAUUGAGGCUUGAUGAGACGGUCAGGAUUGCGCAUGAGAGGGAGAACGAUGAACUACGGGCUCAGAUAGAGAUAUUGCGAUCCGCAGCCGCAGCCGCAGCAGCAGCAGCAGCAGCACAAAAGUCGAGUGAGGCAUCAGAAGGAUCAGAAGGAGCAGGAGUUGAGGAACUCCGCCGCGAACUUGCCGAAGCAAAGGAAAACGUCCAGCUCGCCGAAGAAGAACGCGACAAAGCCGAACAAAAACACCGCGAACUCCUCCAAAAAGUCAAAACCAUGCGCUCAACUCUCGGCGAACGUCUCAAAUCUGACGCCGAAGAGCUCGAAACACUACGAUCACAGCUGACGCGCCUCGAAACUGAGAACAAGGAAUUGAAACAAGCGUUGGAGACGGUACAGGAGGAGUUUGGGAGGGUUAGUGAUGAAAGCGAUGAAUUGAGCCGAGAGGUAGCGAAGAUGCGAAGCGAAUCGGAUAAGGGCUUCGCAAAAUGGACAGCGGAACGACAAUCCCUCGUCACCAAAUCGCGAAACCUCGACGCGGAACUCGCAUCCGCUAACAAAACGCUUUCUUCACUUGAAUCGCUCCUCCAAGAAGAACGUUCCCUCCGUGAAGGUUUUGAAGCCCGUGUUGGGGAGUUAGAGGAGGAAGUUCAUGCGAGACGGGAGGCGUUCGAGGAGCUGAUGGGUAGAAGGGAGCAGGAUGGGAUGGAGAUGGAGAGACUGAGGGGGCAAGUUAAGGAAGCCAAGGAAGCGCGGGAACGGGAGGUUAGGGAGAUUGAGGAGAGGCUGCAGGGUGACAUCGACAGACUUGUGACGGAGAGGAAGGAGUUUGAAGAGAGGGCAACCGAUGCUGAAGCCAAGUUGACAACCGCCAAAGCCGAUCUCGAAAAGCUUCCGAAGCUACAAGCCGACCUCAAAGAAAAAACCCUGGCCCUAGCAAAGGCUCGCCACGAAUCCAUCAUUCUAAACGAACACCUCACCAAAGCCCUCCGUCUUCUAAAACGCUCCUCGUCCAGCUCCAACUCGACAGUCGAUCGACAACUCGUCACGAACUUGGUGUUGAAAUUCCUGUCAUUGCCUAGAGGUGACGCAAGAAAAUUUGAGGCAUUGGGUGUACUGGGAGGAUUUUUGGGGUGGACGGAGGAGGAGAGGGGGGUUGCUGGGCUCGCACGACCAAGCGGCAAUGCCUCGGGCGCAGCAGCUGGAGGUUUGAUGAGCCCAGGGUUGCAGAGCCCGUUAGGGUUUAGGAGGGUUAGUUCGACGUCAGCGCUGUCUGCUGCUGAUUAUUUCCCACCGGCGGGGAGGGAUGAGAGUAUGAGUGAUCUAUGGAUACAUUUUUUGGAGAAGGAGGCGGAGGCGGGACGGACGCCCAGUGUCAGUGAGGGUCCGGAUUCGAGUGCGAUUGCGAGUGCGGAUGCAAAGUAG